CUAGAAUGACAUCUGUCCUUUUCGCUCGGGAAGAAUGUGAUCGGGUCUUCAAGCGUGGUAGAAGAAGUUUUUCUGUCCUCGAAAACCAAAGUCCAGAACGCAAAGGUGUCUUUAAAGGUUUUUCACGUCGACGCAAAAUGGAACGAGUAUCAAGCGUGGUUCAUCAGAGAUCGACUUUGACAUAAGAGUUUUGAUUGGCUCUGUUGUAUACUGGAUUUGGUUUUGGUUGAUCACUCAGGGAGGUUAUUUUCCGAUCAGUAUUUGUUCUAUCUAAGAAAUUUUCUUACUUCACAAAUGCAAAAUAUGGGAAAAUCAGCAGGAGUCUAGUUUCUGGUCGACAACAUUGAUUUACAUCGGCCACGCCUUUAUUCAUCUCAUUGAUCUUCGACUUGUUCCAGCUUUUGUACUAUAUUAACUCAUAUUCUCUGCUGCAUCCUCAACAUUCUUUCAUGUUCCCAAAGCCAAAUCUCAAAUUAGGACGCGCUGUUAAUCUUAUGUAAGUAUGAAUAUGCAUACGAGCACGAGGACUUACAAACACGACGAUGGAUUGAAUUGAUAAGUAUCAUGACAAUGAAUGAGUUGACGGGAAGAUCUGAUAGUUUGAUGAAAACCACUUACCCUACCGAUCAUAAAAAUCAGCAUGGUCCACCGCGAUUCUAUUCCAACGUCUCGCAUGUGCUGAAUUCAUCCUCAUUUAGUACUAACAUGAUGUGAAUUCAUCCUCAUUUAGUACUAACAUGAUAGCAGUUCUUCAAGAUAUUAAGUACUUAACUGUUUAGGAGGAUUACCAUCACAAUGCCUGCCAUGUCGUCGUCCGAUCGGACCCAGGAGGGCCCCUUGAGUCCAGGAAAAGUACAACCCACUACCGGAAGUGGAGGAGCUUCGUCAAGUAGCACGAGUAUUAUGAGGAAGUGGAUCAAAAUCUUGUUAUUGUUUGCUAAGAAUAUCACCCGUAUUAUGAGGAAGUAGAUCAAAAUCUUGUUAUUGUUUGCUAUAAUCCUCUAAAUGUUGUAGUCUCUUCUAAAAGAACAGCUUAUUAGCGUCUCUAAAUGAUGUUCUUGUAGUUGUUGAAUAAAGAGUCUCAGCUUAUUUCUCAUAAGAAGAUUAGACAAAUGGUAUAAUUAAUAAAUUUCAUGUUCUUGUAAAAUGGUAUUUUGAUUUCAUGUUGUUCCGCCUCUUCUAACGAAUCAAUGCAACAAAUUGACGGAGCAGGCGAGCCGGACCCCAAACGCGUUAGCACAACUACAGCCAAAGGAGGAGGCAGAUUAAGGCCCAAUACGAUUCAUUUCUAGGCGUCAUUUCUCCUUAAAUUCCUUUCAUCCGAGCUUAAAUAAGAAAAAGAAAUCACUUGGUAAUAUUUGCACCCCAGGGAACUUCAAGAAAUGAUUUGGUAUGAAGCCCAGCAUCCUUAUCCUUAUCAACAGUAUCAACAUCAUCAACACAACAGUUUCAACAUAAGAGAAAUCCGCAAAACUCAGAAGAGACUCAGGGAAGUCGUAGGACAAUUCCGAACCGACUAACAUCGUCGUGACCUCUAAGAAGAGACUCGCAAGUAUCCGGCACCUCUCCUGUUCCUCCUGGUGGCCUCAGUGAUCGACAAAUAAACUAUUGGCGCCAAAGCUUCGUGAACCUGCAAAAAAUGGUAGGUCAAGAUGCUGGCUGGUGGGCGAUUAUAUAUGCCGGAUCCAAGAAAAAAAACGAAGUGAAGAUAAAGGUACAACCCGCUAUUGAAAAGGUUGUACAACCCACUUUUGAUCCUGGAUUCUGUUUGAUGUUCUCCCUAAUGGAACCUCUUGACACUUUCAAUCCACCAUCGAUAUUAAUAUUUUCACCAGAACUUGAUUUUCACGCCGUCGCAGUUGAAGGAGUUCAUAAGGAGAUACGAUAAAGUCCAGCAUCUGUUUGACAGCAGGCCGAACCCCUUUUUGAGCGAUAAAGUCAAAGAAAAGGCAGAAAAAGCCAGGGAGAAAGCAAAAGCAGCAAGACUAGCUUAUGCGAUGUUGUGUUGAUGCUGGUGGUUUAUUUGGUUCUGUUUACAGAACAAAACAUUAUAAGAUUAUAACUUAUUCUUGAUAUUAAAUUACAACAAGCAAGAACAUAGAAGUAGUUGUCCUUAAUCCGGCUCUAAUGAAAGCAAAAGCAGGAGCUCGCAUCCGCUAGGGCUAAGCGAGCCUCGUCGACGACCUCCGCAGCGAAAAAAGACAACACUAGCGCAACGAGUAGUAGUAGUUCCACGGCGUUGCCAACGCAGCAGCUUUUGGGGAAUAUCAAGUCGUCGGACGGCGCGUCAAGCUUCCUCCAGAUGCUGGCGAAGAACAAGAGAGAAAAAGAGGAACAGAAAGCUAGGCUAGAAGGGGGCGCUGCUGGAGGUGCGGCUUCUUCAUCAACCACAACUGGUGGAGCAGCGUUUUCAUCGAUCUCUUUAGCGAGCAAGUUGAUAUCGGGUAGUGCAGCAGCCAGCACUUCGUCUUCUUCCUCAAUAGGGAGAAUAGGUGGCGAUGCAGCGUACUAUCAACCAAAUCCGAGACUGACGACUUUGAAGACCGAACCAGGACAGCAAGGUGGUGGAACAACAACUGGCACAUCUUCAUCAUCAUCUGCUGUAUAUCCACCAGCAGAAAGUAGUACCAAACCUGCAAACACAACUAAGCGUUUGUUAAAACGUCAAAAAUCCAACGCGAGUGAUGGUAGAAGCAACAGCCCGCAAAGUUUGACAGAGCAAGGAGCCGGACCAGCGGUGAAAAAGCUAAAGUCGGAGAGCAAAAAGACAUUGAAGCGUCUGCCCUCAGGACCAUCAGCGAGUCCAAAUCAGAGCAAACGAAGUCCGCGGAAUCUAUUCGCAUCAGGCAGCUUCGAUAGUAGAGGAGUUGGCGUCAACCUGUUUGGCACUACAUCUGCGGACAUCAACUCUGGAACUGCGCCAGGUAAUACCAGAACUGGAGGUACUAGUUCGUCCAGCUCUACCUACGCCAACCCUAGCAACAAACAGAACCAGGCUCCAAACAACGCUACUACUGCUAAUGGUAAUGGAACAUCUUCAUCUUCUACUGCUGGAACAGGAGCUAGUACAUCUUCAUCCUCGGUUCCUAUUCCCGGGGCGAACUUGCAGAAAGUCUCGGAAGUUAAGGCUUUUUUCCAGCAAUAUGGCAUACCACAUGCGCACUUGAUCGAGAAAAAGGAAUUUUUCGACAUGAAGAAGAAGUUUGACGAUCUGUUCGUAAGCAAUGGGAAUAGCGUCGCGAAAGCGGCUGAACAAUUGCGCAUAGAGCACAACGGUGUCGCGGGGAUGAUGUCCACCAACUCAGGGUUUACCCCUUCCGCAGGAGGACAGCCAUCUUUUGGCGCGAAUGCGGCAAACAACGGUGGCAGUGAUGAAGUGCCAGGAGAGUCUGAAGCAGCAAGGCAAGCGCGAUUAGCGGACCUACGAGCAAGACGAGGUCGUCGUGGAAACUCACCGAUGAGAUUUCAACCAGCACCUAGAGCAAAUGCUGCGCCGACAAAUCCCGCACCACACCAAUCAAGGGUGAACAAACCUCCAGAACAAAAUACCGCAGCCCAGUUGAAUCCCCGUGAGAAGCAAAUCUUAGAAGAUGCUAGAGAGAUAGUACGUCACAAGGAAUACGGGAAGUGGGCCUACGACGUCCUAGGCGUUAGUUGGAGAACGGCAACUCUUAGCGACGUCCAGAAAAAAUGGAAGUUGUUGAUGGUGAAAUACUUAUGGGUCAAACUAUUUGAGUUUUACUUCUGGUAGAGCUUACGUCGUAUGAUGCUUGCGGUGUUUUCCCUGGUACUUUCAACGUGCAGCCUCCUCUUCCAGAUGAAACGGCAGUGAAAAACAUUUGAGUUUCGUUAUAUUUAUUCUUCUUUCCCUGAGUCGUGACAAGAAAGGAUUGCAAUUGCUCUCCCACGACCUGCCUCGCCCGCGUCUAAUUUCCCAUCCCGACAAGUCUGUUGGUAUCACGAAUGCCAACGACCGCGAAGUCAUUUCAAAUGCAUUCGACAAAAUAAAGCGAGCGCAGAAAAUUGCUGAGGAUGAGAUCAAAAGGAUGCACUAUAGGACUCCAGAAUUGAUUCGGGGUAUCAGAGCCGUGCCUCUCUGCGAAAUUGCUGGACAGAGAGCCUAUAGAAUAACAUGGAAGCCACCGACUACUGGUUAUGAAUAGAUGAACACUUCUUCGUAGAUCUCCAAAAGUUAUUUGCACUCUCCAUUGUAAUAUGUGCGAUGAUAUAGAAGAUGUCACGCAGAAUUCUCCAACUUGCUCUGAAUUUGACCAAAGGUGUUGACGUUUCUGACAAUUAUCUAUCAGUUCUGCUCCCUAGUCGUGUCAUGCAAGUUGUAACUCACUCUAAUAUCCUGAAUCCGCCUCCUACCUCGAGGAAACGCCGCAGAUAGAAAAAUACCAUAUCCAAGUCUUUGACCCUAGAUUUGGAAAAUUCUUGACCGUCAGCGUUUUAGAAGGCGACUACGAUGUGGAGGCCAAAAGGUACUUAGUACUUUCAUUUUCCUUUCAGUUGGAGGGAUAAUAGUAAGCCCUAGGCCCUAAGCCCUACUGCUUUCUGUGAAAACCAUUUAAAUGUUAGUUUAAACCCUUCUACUUUCUAUGAUCAUUGGAGGGAUAAAAAUUUUUGUACUUCUCAGCAUUCUUCGUGGACGAGAUCAUUCAGUCUUUCUCUCGUCCUUUCUUCAAACAGGGUCCUGAAGAUCGAGGAGAUCAAUUCGUUCAAACUCGAAGAGGCCGCAAUCGGGAAACUAGCCCAUAUCUUUGACCAGGAGGAGAUAAAAGUCCAGAUUUGUGCAGAGAACAAUUAAGGACUGGAGGUUGUUCCCGCAUUUUUAGACAUCCUUGCUUCACUGUUUGAUAUUACAUAUCCCUGCCUGACCCUUUUUCCAAUUGGAAAUAUCAAGUCUUCAGGGAUGCGGAUACAUAUUCUGAGGAGUGUGAUUCCGUAAUAAAUGUCAGGGAGGUUCUGAGGAAUGUGAUUCCGUAACCUGCUCUAAAACAAGGCAGGACAAGGCCCUUACACCCAGUACUCUUGGAAACGGAAUCAGCAGAAGACGAGUAAGACCAAUGGGAUGCUAGUUUCCUCUUCUUCCGGAGGAACGGGGAAUUACAUGAACAGAAUGCAAACCGGUCCGAAUUUGGGAAAUUUAAGGCUACCGCUGAAGAAGCAUGUUGUCCUUAUAACAAGUAUAACAUGUAAAAAGUAUGAUCAUACAUAGAAGUCUUUGGAUCUUCUUUCUCUGUACUUGAUGAAAAAGAAGCACGAGGACCCAAAGGAUGUCAGGACUCUACUCAAGGAAGUUCUGCUCAAUGCGGUAGGAACUCUAAGAAAUGGAACAAAGUUUGGCGUCAAUAUGGGAAGCUCCUCUAGUGGUACGUCUUCUUUUAGCUUCCGAACUGCAAGUAGUCUGCAGAACAAAAACAAAGGGGCUUCUUCGAGUGCUGGUGCUGCUUCUUCUAGACUUAAGGGUAGGUUAAAGGUGUUCCCCCUGUUAUAGCCGCGUUCGUUGUUUUGCCUUCCUGAAGGGCGAAAGGCAUAACCACGAACGGGGUAAACCUAAACGAAAGGAACACCAAUUCGUAAUCAAAGCCCAAAAGCCUACCUCGCUCUAAUAGACCACAACAAGCAGGAGGAGGAUCUUCUUCGAGUAGACCCGAUCCAUUUUUAAGGCUCAGCUUUCAAUGGUCAUUGGGGUUGGUCACUGGUGACCCCUUGAGAGAACAGGGGAAAACGAAGGGAAAGGGGAGAGCUUUUAAGCCGGUCCCUUCCGUUCAGAGUCAGUGACCAUUGAAGGCUGAGCUUUAACAUUUGGAUUCGGAUCGGGAAACUCUGGGUCUUCCUUGUUCGAACAGUUUGGAAAAGGCGCCACUGUCGCGGACGUGACGUCGCAAGCCAAGAAAGAACAAAAACUUCAAGCUUUCGAGAGGGACUUGGAGCUCCAGAUAAAGCUGCCCAGAGCGGAUAAGGUGAAGUUAUGACAUCAGAAAUUUAGUAGUAGUCGUAGAGACUACAGUUGAAGUUAUCAUAUCAGAAAUUUAGUAGUAGUUUUAGAGCUAGAAGAAAUCCAUCUUCAGCGGCAUCUUCCGUCUUUUUUCCCUUGAGAAACGGGACCGAGAUGCCUGUGAGGAUGGAUUUCUUCUAGCCUUAAUAGUUGUCGUAGAGACUACAGUUGAAGUUAUGACAUCAGAAAUUUAGUACUAGUUUUAGAGCUAGAAGAAAUCCAUCUUCAGCGGCAUCUUCCGUCUUUUUUCCCUAGAGAAACGGAACCGAGAUGCCUGUGAGGAUGGAUUUCUUCUAGCCUUAAUAGUUGUCGUAGAAACUACAGUUGAAGUUAUGACAUCAGAAAUUUAGUAGUAGAACUAGUAGUAGAACUAGAAGCUUAGACUUAGUGGAAAUACCAGUCUUGCGGGACGAGUAUCUACUUCAUCCUUGCUAGAUCGAGUCACCGUUUUUUAUGCGAACUUGCAUCAGUCUAGCAGGACGAAUAUACACUUCUUAUUGCAGAAGAAACUUGUUUGAAUCACUGUUUUUUUAAGUAGAAGCUAAAAGGUUUUAUUUCUAACAACCUUUACCGCGUGGCUGGAAAAAACGCUUAUCACUACCAGGAAGGCCUAUCUCGCCAAGCAUCGGUGGCCGACGGGUGGGAAGGCGCCUGAGCUCAAUGCCAGAGUUGCCACCUUCGUGGCCAUGAAAUAUGGUCUGGGAUGGGAGGAGUGAAAUGCGGAUGACUAGUAGAGAGCUUGGCCUUGUUGGGACUGAGGGACACGACCUGAUGAUAAUCAUAAUUAAGUAAUAUCAGUGAAGAUUAUCUUCAGUGAUGAACUAGAAGUAGAAGUUGGUCGUGCCUCCUAGUCUAUAGUUGGGACCAUAGUCUACGUCUGAGACUCAAUAUUUUUUGGUUUGCGUGUGAAGAGGAGGAGGGCCGUAAAAGGACAUCAACAAUCUUCUUAUAAGCUACACUCGCAAUUUCAUGAAAUUGUGAUUUUCCCUCAAUAUUUUAUGCAGAGUUCUACAGCUUCUUGUAGUUGCUUCUACAUCCUGAUAGAAGACUCUUUUUUGGCUACAUGAGCCGAUGGCUUUGAACCCAGGAUGUCGAGACUUAAGUAAGAAUACACUUCUGAAUCUGAAGAGGUUAGACAUCAUCUAUUUCUCCCACGACGUCGCUCUCAAAUAACAGUAUGGCUUGGGUACAUGUCUGUUGAUACUCAGGACAACCAAACUCACAAUCGACACCAUACAACAAGAACAAGUUGAAGUUCGCGCAUGGUCGCACCCUCGAUUCUCGGAAUUUUUUGUUGGUUGGAAGAAGGACGC